UUGCGACACCGCUGCGCCUGCCGCUGCGUGCGCGCCCUCUGCCCCUAUCUCCACUCUACGCCCUGGCCGCCAUUGCCUCGUGCCCGCGCCGGUCGGUUGGUGGCGCCUUUGUCCUACGGCGGGCGGGUGGGCUGAGGCGGAGGCUGCAGCGACAGGCCUGAGGCGAAGGAGUGGCCAGGAACCCGCCGCGCUGGUAGCGUUCUCCAUCUGAUGUUCAGAAAGAUCUUCAAAUUGCAUUCUCAAAGAAAAACUUACUCCUGCCUCCAAUUAACAGGAAUUCAGAGGCUUUCCAAAAGAUAUUAAUAAGGCAGCGGAAAGAAGAAAUAUGAAUACGGCUCCAUCAAGACCCAGCCCCACACGAAGGGAUCCAUAUGGCUUUGGAGACAGAGAUACAAGGCGUGAUCGAUCUCCAAUUCGAGGAAGUCCAAGGAGAGAAUCCAGGGAUGGCAGAAAUGGUCGGGAUUCCCGGGAUGGCAGAGACCUUCGAGACCCCCGAGACUUUCGGGAACACAGAGACAGCAGAGACAUGCGGGAUCACAGAGACAGCAGAAGUUUUCGAGAUACUCGAGACCUAAGGGAUUUUAGAGACUUUCGUGACCUAAGAGACUCUAGGGACUUUCGAGAUCACCGGGACCCCAUGUAUGACAGAUACAGAGACAUAAGAGACUCCCGAGACCCUAUGUACAGGAGAGAGGGCUCUUAUGACCGAUACCUGCGGAUGGAUGACUAUUGCAGGAGAAAGGAUGACUCUUACUUUGACCGUUACAGAGAUGGCUUUGAUGGGCGAGGCCCUCAUGGCCCAGAAAGUCGUGCAAAAGAGCGUUUGAAACGUGAGGAACGGCGUAGAGAAGAGCUUUAUCGCCAAUAUUUUGAGGAAAUCCAGAGACGCUUUGAUGCUGAAAGACCUGUGGAUUGUUCUGUAAUUGUGGUCAACAAGCAGACUAAAGAUUAUGCUGAAUCUGUGGGACGGAAGGUCCGGGACCUAGGCAUGGUUGUGGAUUUGAUCUUCCUCAACACAGAGGUGUCACUAUCACAAGCCUUGGAGGAUGUUAGCAGAGGAGGGUCUCCUUUUGCUAUUGUCAUCACCCAGCAACACCAGAUUCACCGUUCCUGUACAGUCAACAUCAUGUUUGGAACUCCACAAGAGCAUCGCAACAUGCCCCAGGCAGAUGCCAUGGUGCUGGUGGCCAGAAAUUAUGAGCGUUACAAGAAUGAGUGCCGGGAGAAGGAACGUGAGGAGAUUGCCAGACAGGCAGCCAAGAUGGCUGAUGAAGCCAUCCUACAGGAAAGAGAGCGAGGAGGCCCUGAGGAAGGAGUGCGUGGGGGUCACCCUCCAGCCAUACAAAGCCUCAUCAACCUGCUGGCAGAUAACAGGUACCUCACUGCUGAAGAGACAGACAAGAUCAUCAACUACCUGCGAGAGCGAAAGGAGCGACUUAUGAGGAGCAGCGCCGACUCUCUGCCUGGCCCGAUUUCCCGCCAACCACUUGGGGCGACCUCGGGUGCCUCACUGAAGACACAGCCAAGCUCCCAGCCACUCCAGAGUGGCCAAGUGCUCCCUUCUGCUACACCCAGUCCAGCUGCACCCCCCACCUCCCAGCAAGAGCUUCAGGCCAAAAUCCUCAGUCUCUUCAACAGUGGCACUGUUGUGGCCAACAGCAGCUCUGCAUCACCCUCAGUUGCUUCCGGAAGCACCCAGAACCAGAAUUUUUCCACAGCGGCAAACAGCCAGCCUCAGCAAAGAUCACAGGCCUCUGGCAACCAGCCUCCAAAUAUUUUGGGACAGGCAGGAUCUGCUCGGAACCUGGGCCCCAGGCCUGGGGCUCCUUCCCAAGGGCUGUUUGGCCAGCCUUCCAGUUGCCUAGCACCUGCUGGCAACAUGGCUACCCAGAGGCCCGUGUCUUCCACAGGUAUUAACUUUGACAAUCCAAGUGUACAGAAGGCUCUGGACACCCUGAUCCAGAGUGGCCCUGCUCUCUCCCACCUGGUUAGCCAAACCUCAGCACAAGUGGGGCGGCCCCAGGCCCCCAUGGGAUCUUACCAGAGGCAUUACUGAGGCUAAAUCAUUCAACUACUUCCAGUACCCUCAUCCCCUGGCCUCCUUCUGCUUCAUUCUAAAUAGUUGUUUGGAGGAUGUUCUUUGCGCUCUCCAGCUCUACAUCAAAUGUCGUAAGUUUCUACCACCUGCUCUCCCUGCCCAAGGCCAUAUUGCUUGUUCCUUACAGAAUCAGUUUAUACUGCAUUUGGGGGAGUCUUGUUUUGGUUUUGGGUAGAAAAUAUCUCUUGGGUUGCUCAGGCAGUUCCAGGUGUCUGGGCUCAGUUUGUGUUUGAUGGGGUUUCUCUGGUCCCUCUGCUGGAUUUGGAAAGAAGCCGCAUCCCAGUUGGCUGAGUUCGGAAUGGCAUUUUACGUGAACAGUGGCUACCACCUUUGUUCAUUUUGGGCCUACCAAGGCUUUCCCAUUCGCACACAUCUACCAGAGCUUGAACUCCUGACUAGUUUCACAGAGGAGCAGCUGGACAUGGCAGGCACAAUGUCACCAUGUCCCCUUCCCCUGAGUAUGGGUCUCUGCUCAGGGACGCAGAUCAGCUGUGAUGGAUUGGUGAAGAGUGACCAUGGUGGCCCCAGGAGGAGGAGCUAUUUUGCCUGCAUCGGAGUGGCAUUUCUUGGAAUUUUUUUUCUUCCAUUUCACUGAAGGAUCUCCAGUGGACUGAACAGCUCCAGUCACCAGUAGUUUGAAACAAACUGUGAAUCUGGGCCCUACCACUCUUCCCUUACAAUAUUUCUGUCAGCACCUCCCUCUCGUAAGCAGCACUUCAUGGAGUCUGUUCUGAGAAAGCAGUCCUAGACUGAUAGUGGAUGCCCAUCUCUUUUUCAGUGAUUUGUUUUGAGUUUUUGACUCAAAAGCCCAGGCUUUUGUUUUCAUCUGGACUCUUGUUCUGUUUUCUGAGCAGCAGGAUGUAGGGAAUAUUUGAUGUCAGACUUUUGAUAGCUGAACAUGUUCUCGAUAGUCGGUAUUCAUAACUUCGGAGCCAGAAUGAGAUUGUUGGAGGGCUUCUGGCUGUUGCUUGUAAUGGAGCCAAAGGAAUCUGCCCUCUCCCUAGGGACUGUGCUUGUUAGAGCCCUGUGGAUCAAAUCUCAAGGGGUCUCUGGCAGGGCAGGGGAGAGCAGUGACUUCAACUGAGUCCCUGCCAAUGGCUGAGCAAACAAUAUUUUGAAAACUGAAAGUCCCCAAAUGGCAGCAGUUUAUGUUCUGAACUGUUUGUGUUAUAUAGUGGGUUUUUUCCCCUCUUUGGAACUCUUGUGUUGUUAAAACAAGAUGAUUACUUUUUAAUUAAAAUGAGAAAGUCAGAACUC